CUCCGAACAGAGAGCGGGUUCAACAAUUUUCUCUCAUACCCUCUAAGAUGCCACCAUCGCAGCUGAAGCAGCUCAAGGCCUCUCUCCGAGAUGGCGGGCUGCUGGGUCCUCAGCAAUCCAAGAAGCAAAAGCAGCAGAAUGCGAGAUCCGGUGUCGCUGCGCAGAACCGCAUCCAGCGCAACACCGCCCUGCAAUCCAUUCGCGACCGGUUCAAUCCGUUCGAAAUCAAGACUACUUCGCGACCCAAAUUUGACGUGACCACUCGCGAUGUGUCCAAGAAGACGUCCGGUCAAGCAAGACCUGGCGUGACCAAGUCUUAUGGUGAAGAGAAGAGGCGUCAAACCCUGCUCCAGGAGAUGAACAGGCGAAACAAGGUUGGAGGUAUUCUCGAUCGUCGUUUCGGUGAGGACGACCCGACGAUGACGCCGGAGGAGAGAGCGGCCGAGCGUUUUGCUAGACAAAGCCAGAAGAAGCUGAGGAAGGAAUCGAUGUUCAAUCUUGAGGAUGAUGACGAGGAAUUUCAGCUUACCCACAAAGGAGAGACUCUUUCUUUCGGAGAAGGUUUCAAUUUGGAUGAUUUCCAGGAGGGCGACCUUGGGGCGGAGGAAGAAGACGAUGAUUCAGAAUUCCCCAGAAAGAGAAAGCGGGUGCUGGAAGAUGACGAUGUUGAUUUGGCGGACAUGACGUUCGAUGACGACGCAGGAGAAGAACAGCCGGAGCGAAAGAAGUCAAAAAAUGAGGUUAUGAAGGAAGUUAUUGCCAAGUCAAAGUUCUACAAGCUCGAGCGACAGAAGGCCAAGGAAGAUGACGAUGACCUCAGAGAAGAGCUUGACAAAGGUCUUCCGGAUCUCUUUGACUUGUUGAGAGGCGUCAAGGCUCCACCCAAACCAGAGCCUCCCAAGGAUGACCUCGCAACAAUGAACCCCGAGCGGGCGGCGCUAUUGCAAGGCAAAACUCCUGAUGAUACCGAGAAGGAGUACGACCAGCGUCUGAAGCAAUUGACCUUUGACAAGCGUUCCGCACCAACGGACCGUACAAAGACUGCGGAGGAAAAGGCUGAAGAGGAGGCUCAGCGCUUGAAGACUCUAGAAGAAGAGCGACUUCGACGCAUGCGUGGCGAAGAACUGACCGAUUCUGAAGCCGAGGUGGAGGAAUAUGAUGAGCACGAUGAAGAGGAUGGCGAGGAAUCGGAUGAGGAAUCGGUUUUUGACGAUGCGAAGGCUUUUGGAUUGCAACAGCCUGCUGAGACGAGCACCCGUCCUGAGCUUGGGGUCGAAGAUGAAGAUGAUUUUAUUAUCGAUGACGAUCUUGUGGAGACGAGGUCUGAUGUGAGUCUGUCGUUUGACGAGGACGAGGACAUGCAGUCGGGAGAAGGCUCAGAGGUAGAAGAGGACGAAGAUGAGCCCGAUGACGAGCUUAUCAACGGAUUAUCGAUUCCUGAAUUCGAGUCUGGAGAUGCUGCAGCUGCGACCAACGGCGCGGACGAGGUCAACGAUGGAUUGGCUUUCACAUAUCCAUGCCCCGGUAGCCAUGAAGAAUUUAUCGAGAUCAUCAAAGAUGUUCCGAUGCAAGAUCUUCCAACUGUCGUUCAAAGGAUUCGAGCCCUGCAUCACCCCCGUCUUCACAGCGAUAAUAAGACCAAACUUGGCCGCUUUGUUGGCAUUCUCCUCCAACACGUCGCAUACAUGGCUGAGCAGUCGGAUCAUCCUCCGUUUUCAGUCCUGGAGAACACACUUCGUCAUAUUCACUCCAUGGCCAAGAGCCACCCUGAGAGCGUUUGUCAGGCAUAUAGAACCCACUUGCGCGAGAUUGCGAAUGAUCGUCCCCUCAACCUCCGCCCUGGGGACUUGGUCAUCCUAACCGGCAUCGCGACGACUUUUCCUACCUCUGACCAUUUUCAUGCUAUCGCAACGCCCGCCCAUCUUUGUAUUGCCAGGUACUUGAGCCAAGGUUCUGUCAAUACUCUUACAGACUUCGCAACUGGCGCCUACGCAGCCAGCCUCUGCCUGCAAUACCAAUCCAUAUCCAAGCGCUACAUGCCUGAAUUCGUCAAUUAUUCCUUGAACAUCCUUUCCCAUCUCAGUCCUAGGGAGCUCCCGGACGCAUCUGCCUUGGGAUUCUUCCCCUCACGGAGUCCAUUCGCGUCUCUUCGACUGAAUCUUGCUUCCAAGCCCAUCCCUUCCCGCAGACUUCGAUUCUGGGAUAUGACUGACGCGCCUGAAGAAGAGGAGCAACUCAAAAUCUCCAUCAUCACCACUAUAGUGAACCUACUUUCUGUUGCUUCCGACCUCUGGUCUGGCAAAUCCGCCUAUACCGAGAUUUUCGCCCCAGUGAAGGAAGUCCUUGCACAUUUCAUCCAAGCUCUUGAAACCAGCUCCACGUCUACGAAGGGCAAGAACAAGUCCAGCAAGAGUCCCGUCGACCCCAUUGUACUCGGUACUUUCAAAGCGACCCUCGAUAAAAUCAUCGCGCAACUUUCCCAAGCCCGGCAUUCCCGUCGACCCCUGCUACUUCACAAUCAUCGUCCUCUCGCCAUCAAGACUGCCAUCCCCAAAUUUGAGGAGUCCUUCAACCCCGACAAGCACUACGAUCCCGACCGCGAGCGUGCCGAGGCCAACCGUCUCAAGGCGGAAUACAAGCGUGAGCGCAAGGGUGCCAUGCGUGAACUCCGCAAGGAUGCCAAUUUCAUCGCACGCGAGAAGCUGCGCGAGAAGAAGGAACGCGAUGCUGAGUACGAGCGUAAAUACAAGCGGCUUGUGGCUGAGGUGCAGAAUGAGGAGGGCAGGGAGGCGAAUGCUUACGAGAGGGUCAAGAGGAUGCGGCAGGGCAAGCGGUAAUCAAGGCGAUCAUCAAUUCAUUUUUCUUCCCACGUCAUAUCGUGGCUGCCUCUUUCGCUUGGCUGGUCCCGUCUUCAAACUGGCUGUUGCAAGCGGUUUGGGCGUACGUGGAUGGAAGAAUAGCUUUGGGGCUCUUGGGUCUUGGGCUUCUGCAUCUCGUAUAAUCUUUUGCAGUAUGCUUUGGCACUUGCAUGUAUAUAUCCACCUUGUUCUAUAUCUACUAGGUUUUCUCGACGGAGUUGGGCCAAU